GUUUUCCCAAAAAAACCGCAAUAUAAACUUUGCGCAACUGAGACACACAAAUAACCAUCCUCCCCUCAGCGAUGUCUAGUAGCAGCCGUAGUGCAUUGUGGGACACAGCAGCUUUCUGUGCCGCCGCGGUGCAUGAUGGGCUCAGGGCCGAUUGACAGUCCAAAGACAUGGCGGCUGUGUGAGUCACUGGGUCUCCCUCCCCUGUGCAGGAAGCCGGCAGGAAGAGCGGCCUGAAAUCCGGCUUUUCCUGUGCGAUAAGCAGGCUAAGGGGGGGUCAGCGGCCGUACAAGUAUCCGGAGAGGAGGGAGGGGUGGAAAGGAAGAGCCCAUGGACAAGCUGUCGGGUUUGGAGGCUGUGCCUGGAGGGGGUGUAAGCGCUGCGGGUGCGGCGCCUGCUGCCAGAAAGCCUCCCCGGCCGUCCGCGCCCCCCUCGCUGCCCAGCUCCCGCCAGCCUAGCGUCGAGACUUUGGACAGUCCUACUGGAUCACAUGUGGAGUGGUGCAAGCAACUAAUUGCAGCUACAAUAUCCAGCCAGAUUUCAGGCCCUGUUGCCUCAGAAAAUGUAUCCAGAGAUUACAGAGUUUACAAGAGGCCUGAUCUCAGGGAUAUUCAGGACGAGCACAAUGGGUUUCAUUCAGAGUCGGAGACUGAGCAGGUGGCCCUGAGAGAUGGAAAUAAGCUGGCACAGAUGGAAGAGGCACCACUAUUUCCUGGCGAGUCUAUCAAGGCAAUUGCUAAGGACGUUAUGUACAUCUGUCCAUUUUGGGGAGCAGUGAGUGGGACUCUUACAGUCACAGACUUUAAGAUGUACUUUAAAAAUGUUGAAAGGGACCCUCCUUUUAUUUUGGAUGUUCCCCUUGGUGUUAUAAGCAGAGUGGAGAAGAUUGGUGUACAGAGUCAAGGAAGCCAUUCUUACGGCAUAGAGAUUGUGUGCAAGGAUAUGAGAAACUUGCGGCUGGCCUACAAACAGGAAGAGCAGAACAAAUUGGAAAUAUUUGAAAAUCUCAUAAAAAAUGCGUUUCCUGUUUCCAAUAAGCUGCCUCUUUUUGCAUUCAGUUAUAAAGAAAAAUUCUCUGUAAAUGGUUGGAAAGUUUAUGAUCCUACAGCAGAAUACAAAAGACAGGGUCUGCCAAAUGAGAGCUGGAAGAUAACAAAGAUUAAUAAUACCUAUGAGCUGUGUGACACUUACCCUGCAGUCUUUGUUGUACCAACCAGUGUGUUAGAUGAGGAUUUUGCGAGAGUUGUUGCUUUUAGAGCCAAAGGACGAAUACCGGUUUUGUCAUGGAUUCAUCCAGAAAGCCAGGCAACAAUAACCCGCUGCAGCCAGCCACUUGUUGGACCAAAUGACAAACGAUGUAAAGAGGAUGAGAAAUACUUGCAGACAAUAAUGGAUGCCAAUGCCCAGUCACACAAACUUAUUAUCUUUGAUGCCAGACAAAACAGUGUUGCUGACACUAACAAGACCAAAGGAGGAGGAUAUGAGAGCGAGAGUGCAUACCCAAAUGCAGAGCUGAUCUUCCUGGAAAUACAUAACAUUCAUGUGAUGAGGGAGUCCCUGCGUAAGCUGAAGGAAAUAGUAUAUCCAGCCAUUGAUGAGGCACGCUGGUUGUCCAAUGUUGAUGGCACACACUGGUUAGAGUACAUAAGGAUGCUUCUUGCUGGAUCAGUGAGAAUAGCUGAUAGGGUUGAAUCUAGUAAAACCUCAGUAGUGGUACAUUGCAGCGAUGGAUGGGAUCGGACGGCACAGUUAACCUCUCUGGCCAUGCUAAUGUUGGACAGCUACUAUAGAACAAUUAAAGGAUUUGAGGUUCUGUUGGAGAAAGAGUGGAUAAGCUUUGGCCACAGAUUUGCCAUGAGAGUGGGGCAUGGAGAUGAUAACCAUGCCGAUGCUGAUCGAUCCCCAAUUUUCCUCCAGUUCAUUGAUUGUGUUUGGCAAAUGACAAAUCAGUUUCCUGCAGCUUUUGAGUUCAAUGAGCUUUUCCUUAUUACCAUACUUGAUCACCUGUAUAGCUGUCUGUUUGGAACAUUUUUGUACAACAGUGAACAGCAAAGAAUGAAAGAGGAAAUCCAAACAAAGACGUUAUCGUUGUGGUCUUACAUUAACAGCCAUGUGGAUGAGUUUACCAACCCUUUUUAUGUCAAUUAUGAACACCACGUUCUGUAUCCAGUUGCCAGUCUCAGCCACUUAGAACUCUGGGUGAAUUAUUAUGUUAGAUGGAACCCUCGGACAAGACCUCAGAUGCCAAUUCAUCAGAACCUCAAGGAUCUCCUGGCCAUUAGAGCAGAGCUGCAGAAGAAGGUGGAGGAGCUGCAACGUGAAGCCGCAACUAGAUCUGUCUCCUCAUCCUCUGACCGGGGCUCAUCCCCUUCACAUUCCGCCACCCCAGUACACACAGCUGUGUAGCAAGCCGGCGGGACUUGAAGUUGCAUGAAUGUGAAACUAGGACUCUGUGCACACUGCUAGGUGCCAUUACCUGUCUAUUGUACAAACAGGUCUGUGCUGAAGUUGUAGCACCCAAGCAGUGUCCCAGCAGGUACCUUUGCUCCUUGUGCUGCCAGUGUAACCUGUAAGCCCCUCACCUGCUGCAAAGUGUAGCCGGCUUCUUAAAGAGGCCAUGCUGGAGUGCGUCCUGCUACAAUCCCCCCCACAUAGCUCGGAUGUGUAAAUAGCCCAGACAAUGUUUACAUGCUUUUUAUUAUUUUAAUGUGUAUGUUGUGAUUUACUUCCUCCAGGCUGAGUUUAAAUCUGUUACAUUUUAUAAGAUUUUGAAAGUUUUAAACGGUGGGGUUUUUAUUGCAUCACUGUAGGGUUCUUUUUAUUAAGUCAUGCCUUUCAGCAGUUUAAAGGGAACACAUUGUAUUUCUUGUCAAAUUCCUUACUGUACAGUGUAUGUUUUAGUCCAAUGCGGUGGGGAGCAUAUACUUGUGAGAAGAGGUGUUUUCUCCUCAAAAGCAGCCAAUGAAGAGAUGCUCAUACUAGUGCAGUCAGUGCUACGCCAGUCGCUGGCUUAGUGGACUGAGAGUGUGAGGUGGAGUCCGCGACAGCCAAGUAAGGCUUCAUAUGCACCUGAAAUUACAAUCCUUUGCCAGUAACCACUAGCAGCCAUUUAUAUACUUUGUCAUUCUCCUCACAGCAUUCAAGUGAUCAGAGCUAAUUGCUGAUUGGUUGCAGUUCCGCUUUAUCACUUGUUGACACAAUAUGAAUAAGUGUGGCCAGGUUGCUGAGGUGCAGACAUUGUGACCUAUGUUAGAGCAUGAUGAGCCUGUGUGUAUACUUUGUGUGUGUAACUAGCAGAGUGGGUUGGCCAUUCUAUUCUAAUAGAAAUAGUCACUGCAGCUGCUACUGAUAUAUAUAUUCUAAAUGGGACCAUGUUUGCAUUAGUUGCAGUGAGAGGAGUAGUGGCUCAGUGGCUACGCAUGGCAGGCACAUUGGGGACCAUGUGUUUCAUUGCUGGGGGAUUUCUUGCUGUGUUUCCCAGGGGUAGGCCAUAGAAACACAUUGUUUAGUCUGUUUCAUUGAAGGAAAGAAGUAUUUGUUUUAAUGCAGUGCUGGCUUAUAUGCUGCACAUAAUAUACAAUGGAGUCUUUAUAGUGAUUGUGUAAGUGACAAGGCAGAAUCAGGACUUGGAAGACUGCAUAGGCUCUGCAGUGUUCCAUUAUGGGGUAGGACAGAAACUGGCCAAUACAUUGGGUGUUAAUAUACAGGAAGGGCUUCAUACCUCAGAAAGCCUUUGCUUGGGUGUAGCUAGCUGCCAGUAUAUCUCUCACAUUUUUUUAUCUUAUUUAUUGCAUGUGAUGAGCCAUUUUACAUCAACUGGUUCAUACUGGUUCCUUUCUAGUGUUGAGCACCGCACAAAAUGUGUUUUUGAUCAUGUUUGGGGCACAUAACAGGAUGGAUGUGCCAGUGUUUCCCCUGUCCUUUAUUGUAGGCUUAGUGUGCAAAAAACGACCAUCUUUGUGCAUUCUACAAUCUGUUGUUUGCAGGCACGUGUGCAUGGUUAAUGGAGCCUGUGCUAAGCUGAUCAACACACUCAUGUACAGUUUAUCCAUGUAAAGGCUUUGCUAGAUACCUGUAGCUGCUAUCAGAACCCUAUUGAGAGCUGCUUUCUAUAUUUAAUAGCUGCAACAAGCAUAAUAUCUGCUGAAUCAGUGGAAAACUAAUGCUGGUAAGAUGCAUACAGCAGUAUACAAUUACUGUAUGGGCCCUGUGUUCUGCUUCUGAUCAUCACUUUGCUCUCAGAUUUUGCCCUUUUUAGUGCAAGAAUGAACAAAACCACAGAUAUUUCCUAAGUAAAACAAUAGGCAAGAAGCACAUUCAGCAAAAAGCUCAAUUCAUUGAACUGUUAUUGGAAAAGGGGGGUUACACUGUACCUUUCACUCAUGCCUACCUACAGCUGCAAUGUAUUUCUGGGCAGGGUGGGCAUGGUGCAGAAGGGGGCACACACACUAAAGCUCAGUACAGACAAGGGGUGCCCCAUUAUCAUAGGAUGAGUGGUAACCCCAGUACUCACAAAUAUAUCUCAACUGAGUUCCUUGACACAAUAAUGGACCAGUUCCCUUUAAACUGCCAUUGAAAGCAUUGUGUUGCUCUUGUAACAUGCGAAUGAUGAACAAAGAGAGACUGAAAUAGAUUCAAGGAGAUGAUUUUCUGGUAUAUUCCAUGUGCUGUGCAUUUGUGUCUUCCUGUAAGUGAUGGAAUCAGUGUCCCACCUGAAUAAUAAGCGUUUGUGUGUGUGUGACUGCUGAAUCCAAUUACUCUUCUGAACUAAAUGUGCCAUUAGUCAUGGGAUACUUUACUGUAAUUGCCACUGACAUUCCUUUGGGUUGUGCUACACUUCCUAUUCCUUUCUUAGGAGAUUCUACUCAUUACUUGCUACUAAAUUGCUCAGCUUAACCCGUUGACUGCCAGCAGUGCAGAAUCAACAUCACUGGCAAAAAAAAAAAAAAAAAAAGUGUCAGCAGUGAAUAUUGUGUUUUCACAUUCGAAUGAAUGGCAAAAUGUAUUGCAAAGCUGCAACACACGGGAGUGGCCCUGGGCCCCGGCAGUCACACACACAGGCUGGUUGCUUUAAAGGCAAUGAAAGUGAUGCUGGAGCUUCUGCAGCCUUUCUUGUCCUACUGGAUCUGUGCAUGUGUGUGUAUUUGUCAGUCAGCAACUGCACUACAAUGCAAAAUUGUCUAUCUGAACUUCCAGAAAUUAUAAAUGUCUUUUUAUGUACCUGAUACCACAGAGUGAAAAAAACAACCCAAUAUUGUCUGUCUCUGGGAUUGCUGGGACCAGUUACCCCACCCUGUUCGGCUCAUGCAUGAUGUGACCCCCUCCCUCACCUUGUUCCAUUGUUGAAGUGAUGGAUUCUGGAACUUGAAGUCCAUCUACUUUCCGUAGUGGGUGGUGCACUGAAGGACUUCAUGUCCCAGAAUCCAUCACUUCAACAAUGGAACAACGUGAUGGAGGGGUUGGGAAAUAGUUUGUAUGAGUAUCAUGGUUUCCUUUCAGUCUGUAGAAUCUGGUAUGUCUGUGUAUAAAAUAUACUUUUAUAUUUAUUUUAGGAAGUUCGGAUAGUGUUUAAGGUACCUUUUCUGCAUAACCCCAACUGAAUAAGCUCAUGUGAAAAAGGGGUUUAGUUUUCCCUUUAUUAUCCCUUCUUUUAGAGAGCUAGAGGGGUGCAGUUGGACAUUUUAUGGAAUGUUUAGAUCACCUUUGAUCAGCUUGAGCAGCUAGAGAUACAACUGCAUUCCUGUAACAUGCCAGCAAAACAGGUAAAGUGCGCUUCAUAAAAAGCAUGACUCUAGGCAGUACGUUUUUCUGUAGCUCAGCGUUAAACAUGGAAACAUAAGUGCUACGUUGUUGGCAGGCUCUCACUCUGUUUGCUGAUUGGCUGCCAACAACAUAGCUUGUAGAUAAAGGCACAUCUGACUGUACUAACUGCCAUUUUAAUUGAGGUGCAUAUUGUAUUAAUGCUCAGAAACCUGCGUAGUCUGCAGCAUACAUCUGUAUCAGCUACUCAUUAGCUUCCAUGUGAAAUUUGUGGGAAUGAAGGGCCAGUCCUAGUAACAGCUCAAAUCAUGAUUUAAUGCAGACUCAAUUCCUUCUCUCUAUAGGAACACUGUAGAACACAAUCACUUGCUGAACUAUAGCACCGUGCCUCGCCAGGCUCUCCCAUGUGUUGUUUCUGCACCCUGUAUAGGAACCCAGCUUAGUGACAGAAGUGACUUCUUCAUCUGAAAUAUGGCAUGUCCCACCAUAGUAGCCAUUUAUUGCAGGAUAAUUGCCCCUUUAUUAGCUGUGUGAGGGUAUAGUGCAUUACAAGUGGGCACUACCCGUCUCCCUUCAUGUUGCACCAAUGCCCUUCCGUUGUACCCUGACACGUGGGGUGGGGUAUGGGGUAUAUACUGCCCAAAUGUAGAGUUGUUACUCACCUGCUAUAUGGAUGCUAUUGUGCAUUUAUUUUUGUACAUGGAAUGUAAGAGUAUUUAUAGCUGUUAGGUAUCUGUGAGCACAAAGAUGUUUACUCCAGUGUAUAUACUGUAAAGUGAAUCUGUAGUGACUUCUUCUGACAUUCAGGUAUUCUGUUCAAAAGUGUUGAAAUAAAAGCCUUUUUAUUAUA